UAGCUGAAGGGGAAAAAAAUGGCUUCACCCAAUACCAUAUAAUCCGCCGACUUGGCCACCCAGAGUAUACCUUUAUUUGUUUAUUAACUAUGUGCUUCAAGAUUUUUAGCGGGAAGAAGGUGGUUAUGUGAUGUGGUGUGUUUGUUUAGAUAACGCUUUAAAACGUAGUUAUAAUUAUGUACAAAAAGAACUUUAAGUUUACGCCAAAAACUAAUCGAAGUGAGACUACCAGACCGAAGAGAACAAAUAGUGAUAAUGACGAAACGUCGAAUUUGAGAUCGUUUUCCUCUCCGUCACCAGUUAAACGGACAAGGACAGCUGAAGCAGAAGCGCUGAACACCUCAAAUUGUAGCUCAUUUGGCUUGAAUGAUAGUAUCCUCUCCCGGAAUCGAACCAGCACACAACUUUCAAAAGAUAACUAUUUUUUGAAGGUUAUAACAGAGUCCGGAUACACAUUCUGCAAUGGAGAACACAAUGUUUUGAAUGUGAAAAAAGGAGCAUUUUUAUCGAAUGUGGAGCAGAAUUUGGCUGACAAUCCAAAGAAUGUAGCAAGAUUUAUGAAGGGUUUGAAGGAUUACUGCAAAAAUGUGGACAACUUCAAAAAAGCCUUGGAAUGCCCUAAGUUUUCGGUUGACAUCUGCCCGGACGAUGAGAGCUUCCACUUGCGGGCGGACGGUCUGUUCCACAUGCUGCUGACGCUGAAGAGCAUACAGCCCGAAGUGGUCGGGUUCCUGAUGGAAAAGGCUUUGCAGCUGUACAUCACGAGAACUAGGACCAAGAAAGAUAAUAUCCCUUGGGUUUAUAUAAUCUUGAAGCAGCUGAGAUUAAUGGGGCCCAUUGUAGAUGCAAAAGCUCUGAUUGAAUUGUAUUUCAUCACUUUGAAGGAUGUCGACAACAGUGUCCAGGUUGACGUAAUAGCAAUGUUUCCAGAUAUUUUUGGACCAGAACAUCAUGAGGAGUGCGCAAGGAAGUUUCAGGCGAUGGUCCGGCUGGACCACGGCUUGAUCCCCGCGCUGCUGGGCGUGCUGGGCCAGCUGGAGGUGAGUCCCGAGCUGCAAGAGGAGCUGAACCGGGAGACGCUGAAGAUCCUGCCGCAGAUACCGCUCAAGUACCUGCCCGCCGUCGUCUCCUUCCUCGUGGUCAGCCUGCCCGCGGAGGAGCUGCAGGAGGUUGUGAAUGCCGUACGAGACUAUCCGAACUACCUGCGCCUGGGAAGCCAGAGCUCCCAGAAGGACUCGGAUCUCGAGAACUACAGAGUUCUCACCAUAGAAGCUCUGUACUGCGCCCUCCUGACGAACAAGCCCUUGGUGAAAGUCUGGCUGAAGAUACUUGAAGACAUCGUGGAGGCGAAAUUCUUCAAGGCCAUGGACGUCAUUGUCCUGAUCCUGCUGUGCUCCGUGGACAAUGACGAGCACGUAAAGAUGGCGCAGAAAAUUUUCAAAGCCAAGCUUAAGACUGGAAUUAUCACCUCGGAAUUGCUGGGCAAAGUUUUUCAACAUUAUUCAAAGGUUAUUGAGCAGCACUUGAGCAGUGUCUUGUCACUGAUGUCAAAGUUCCUGUCGUCAACAAAUGCAGAAAUAAUCAGUCACGCUGUUUCCUGGUUUAGGCUGUGCCUGGAGAGCCUGGACAGCGCCUCGUGCUACUCCGUGGCGUCGCUGCUGCUCCGGGAGGUUCUGGAGGGCCGGCCCUCGUCGUCCCGGGCCUGCCUCACGCUGCUGAACGAGAUCGCCGUCACGGACGUCUCCAAGCUGGACCAGCACUACAACCUCAUCAUGAUGAGACUUUUACCCAGAGUAGCUGACCACGACCUGUUGGAGGUUCGGCAGAUGAUGGAGUUCAUAUGCAGGCUGGUGUACUCAGAGUGUGGCCACAGGAGGGAUCUGGAUAAUGAAUUGUCGCGGUAUCUUCAGAAGCUUCAGUCAAGUUGGUGCUCAGAAAUGAAAUUGAAAGGUGUCUUGUGCAACGUGAUAGCGGCAAAGAGCAUCGCUGUGGAUAGUUCGACCUCAGACUAUGGUCCGUCUAGUGUGAUUAACAUUGGGGACGACGUUGAUCCGCUGGAAAUGUCCGGCAGAGCUCUGAAAGCUAAAAGUACCAUUGAAAUGGUGACGGAUGGCACCUUAGUCUGCCCCAAGGCGGAGGCAUUACUGUACGAAGAACUGGCCACGACCAUCAAACUCGCGAAAACAGCUGACAUCGACAAGUCAUUUGUGGCUUGGCUGUUCCAAACGGUGCAGGAUGAUUUUGGAGCUUAUUACGUUGCCGAGCUGAAUGGGAUCUCUCUGCCGGAGGAUUACAAGCUUCAGUAUCUCCUAAAUGAGUACUCUUCACCCGGUUCUGGAAUCUGCAUAGACAUUGCCUCGUCGCUGCAGAAAGAAAUGCAGCCUGGUUAUAUUACGUCCAGGUACUCGGUGAUGGUGAUGUGCCCGAUGGCGCGGCUGCUGUGCACGCUCAGCCUCCUGGAGAGCGGCAGCCUGGUGUCCGUGGACGCCCUCCUCGGCUGCGAGGUGGCCUGCCCCGACCCGGACUCGGACCCCAACUUCCCCGCCCUCGACUCGUCCGACCAGAAGCGCUUCCUCGACUGCCUCUUCCACACCGCCAACUGGUUCGUAGAGCUGGUGAACGGCUUCAGCUGCCAGGACAUGCACCAAGUCAAGGUGUGCCAGCGCUUGGGGCACAUCGUCGCCCUCCUGAAGCGGCUGGCGGCCCGGGUGCUGGCGCUGCCAGACUACCGUCCGCCCGACUGCUCUUUCUACCACGAGAUGGCGGUGAAGCCCGCCCCGGCCGGCAAGGGCCCCAAGCCCGCUCCCGGCAGCAAGAAGAAAUCCAAGAAAGUUAAGGGGGCUACAAAACAGAAAAAUACUUUGCUCAACUAUAGCACUCAAAUAGCGACACAGACGCAGGCUGCAAAGACCAAACCAGGAAAGGAACUCACGUGGUGGAGCAUGAUGACUCUGUACCGACCUUUCCUCCGAGAGAUCGACAUGAACGUUAUCCUUCUGCUGAAGAAGCCUUUGGACAUCCAGUUAGACAGCCAGGAUAUGGGAGACGAAGCUCGGCUGAACUGCGAGAGCCUGCUGUUCCUCCUGGUGGACUUCGCGGCCAAGCUGGAGCACAUGCUGCCGGUGCACGUGAAGAGGGUGACCUUCGGCCGCUUCGGGACCCAGCGAGACGCCGGCUUCGUGCGGCUGUGCGGCCUCUCCGCCCGCAAGUUCGCCCGGCUGGCCGUCGGGAUCCUGGACCACCUGUGCACCAAGCUGGAGCAGGUGUUUGACAGCCUGAAGGUGCUGCUGGAGAAGUGUGCAGGCGUGCACGACGCCCAGCCCAUGUUCACGGCCCACAGCGUCCAGCUCAAGUGCUGCUGCGACCACCUGCUGCGGGCAAUGAUCGCAAUCUUCUCCUGGGAGUCCUUCCACGCGGGCGGGAACAACUCCUUGUUGACAGAAGCACUGCGGGUGCUGGCGAAGCACGCGGGAGACCAGAGGAGCUCCUCGCAGGCGGCCUCCUUGAAGAAGCUGGUCAGGGAGUCGUGCUCGUACCUCAAGUCGUUCGAGAAGCUGGCGCUGGACGUGCGCUCUGCCAGCAGCCUGGUCAAGCUCCUGCAGACGCUCACCCUGUUCGUCGGCGACGACGCCAAGCUCAAGGAGGACGUGGCAAGCAUGUGCCUCGGCUACUUGAUGCAGACGUGGUACUCCUCUGUCGGGAUGGAGGAGGAAGGCGCGGUGCAGAACCGAGUGAUCGCGACGUUCGUGCGGACGUACUUCGACAAUUCGCAGGACACCUUCGAGAUGGUCACGCAGCUCAUCGAGAGCAUCGAGUCGGAAGCACGCAGCGUGAAGAAGGGGGAUCCGCUGACGUGCAUGUCGUCUGUGAACAGGAAGAACUUUCACGUUCUCUUCCAAGAAUUGUUCAGGACUCUGAUCAGUUCCACGGAGAGCAAACUGAUGCUGGACACAUCCACACCUCGAGAGAAAAUGGAUGUGUGGAAGAAGGUCAAUGCAUCGCUCAAGCACCUGAUAAGCAUUUUGAAAACAUUGCUGUCGCGUUCCAACAAGGUGGCAUUCUUCAAGAACUGCGCAGCGAUGGUGAAGCUGUACAUAGCGCAGGCGGUGCCCGUGUGGGAGGAGAUGUUCCGUGUGCACCGCGCCGAGGUGCUGGAGGACGUUAACGGGAUGCAGUGCUUCACCCGCUUCCUCUACCCCAUGUGCAACCAGGCCAAGCAAGAGCGGGACAGCGUGCUGAUGAGCUACGGGCCGGACGUGAAGCAGUCGCUCACCAAGCUCAUGUUCACCAUGAGGGGCACGCUGGCCUUCAACAGCUACUCGGACACCUUCUGGACCGGCACGCUGAAGAACAAGGACCUGGCGGGACGGGCCGUCGCCUCCGUCGGCUCGGAGGAACUCGCGGAUGAAGGUGAUAACGACGAAGAAGAAGGAGAAGAAGGAGACAAUGCAGAUGAGGACAACGAGAGCGCGAGUGAGGAGAGAUUGGCAGAGGACGAGUCGUCUGACGCUGACCUCGACGCUGACGAAAACGAAGUUUCAGAUUACGAUGCUAGAGUCAGCACGGAGUUUUAGUGGGGGAGGGAUUUGUUCCUUUUUUGUUUUUUGACAUAUUGCAUCGCAUAAUGACAGGUUUCAAUUCGCAUUUAGAGAAUUACAAAUAUUUUCCCCAUCAUGUAACAGAAAUUAGGUGGAAAUGGUUCAGAUUUCUUAGAAUUGUGGUUGGAGAUAUGUCUGAAAAAAAAAUUUUCUGGGUGUAUGGUGUAGGAAAACAUACAAUUUUACAAGUAUAGCCUUUGUUCUCUCUGCAUUGUUGGCCAUGCAUUGCAGAAGUUGACAGAAGUCUCUAACUUAGGAGCUAUGCUUGCAUCUUGCACAGCAGUGCCAUAGAGGCACCAAAAUCUUAAAGACUUCAACUCAUUCCAACAGGCCCCCUUCUCGCCGAACAGACUGAGCCUGCGUUAACGGCUCGCACUCCGUUAAAAAAAAACUAAGUGUGUCCUCAAACGGUCUAAUGCCACUUAACCUAAAUUUCCCUUCCGUUGUCCAGGCCAGUUGUGUCUGCCGCUUUGAAAUCCCACGUACCACCUCCUGACCUGGAAAGAGGGGACCUGCCAACCACUGUGUAAGCCCAGACUUUGUCAUAUCAAAGGAAUGUCGGGAAUCAGUACUGUGCCUGUAUUCCCGGCAGAGCCACUAGCCAGGCGGAUGUAUAGGAAAAAGAUCUCAUUUCAUUUUCAAAACAGUAUAUUUUGAUGUUAUCGUUUUUAUUUUUAUGCAUUGUCUUCAUUCAAAAAAUGUAUAGUGUAUUGUUCAACAAAACUAAAAUAUUUAUUAACAAAAUAGCCUCUUUUUGUCUGACACAUGAUGCAUUUUUACAAUAAAAUCAUUACUAAUAAGCAUGUCUAGAACAGAAAAACUUAGAAAAAUAGAAAUAAACCAGCAAAUUUUUUAUUUUUGAAAGAUGUGUAGACAUCAUUAAUGUAAAAAUGUGUUACUAAUAAGAGAUGUAAGAUCAAACGAUGUUUUCUUUUUCCAAACCAUUUUUGUUCGAAAUCCAUUGCUAAAUAAACUAAAUUCAAUUACCGUAUUGGUCUGAAAAUAGGCCGACCCCUUAUACAGCACACUCAAAAUCAGGGGAAAAUAAAUUUUAACUAACUAAAAUGAUUAUCAGCAGCAUAUUACCAUAGUAACACUUCAACUAAGUUAGUAUUUAUUGAACUUACAAAAUGUGUUAUUCUUACUUACCAAAAUAUAUAAAUAUAUAUAAGCUGUUUUUCAGUUAUCUUCACAUUCUUUUGUAGUGGUGCCAACAUUUUAUACAGCAAUGGCUACAUUUUCUACGUUCAUAGAAAUUGUGACAUAAAACAUUUACCGGUACGUUUAAUUUUGACAUAAAAAACCCAAAAUGGUUUCAUGUAAAACGUGUAUGAAUCAACCAUAAAACAGCCAAUAUUGCAAAUAGAUUUAUUGUUCUUGUUACUGUUGGUAUGUACCAGUAUUUGUUUAUUCGUGUUGCAACUACAAGUUGUCAACACUGGUGCCAUUUUGUUUUUCCUGUGGUAGAAGAGUAAAUAAAGCAUACUACGGUAAAUAACCUUAUGGCAAAAUUGCUGUUUUUACAAAUUGUUAACUGUAAAUACCACAUUUUACCGCAGCCUGUUAAAUACAGUUCAAAAAUGGCCAGACCGAGCUUUUAAAAGCUAUGUGCUACAAGUGACCACAUCUGUGUACUUAACUUAAAAUAUGAUACAUUAUUGGGGUUAAGUGUGUUUACUAAAUUUCUAAGUUGGAAAAAUUACUAAUUCCACGUAAGUACGGCGUAAUUUUAGGUCAAUGAAUUGUAUAUCUGAUAACAUUUUUAUGCCAUAAGUGAUUCUCCUUGAAAUGUAUGUGUUUAAUUAUACUAUUUUGGCUAGUGUCACAUUAUAGGCAGACUCUAGAUUUCAAGGUUGACAAAACUGGCAAAAAAGGUCAGCCUAUCGUCGGACCAAUACGGUAAUUUACUUAAUAAAAAAAUAACUUUUUUUCAAUGUAAGUAAGUUUUGUCAAAUCUCAAAUCGUUGAUCAAUUUCAUGUUUCAGUUACAUUUCGUUGCUAAAUAGUGUGUUAACUUGCAUUUUGGUGUUAUACGUAGUAUGUUUUAUUGACAUACUUUGCGGUGUUGUUUGGUUUUAUCGCAGUCAUGUAAUCUUGUCUCUAUGAAUGAACUGACAAACCACCACACACAACCCCCCCUCCCCUCUCUCUCCAGUUUCCGAACACCUGUUACCAUGAGAAAUUACAAAUAUUAUGGCACUGGAAAAUUUUCAACCACGCUAAUAUAUCAUAUAGUAUUCUUGGGUCAAUGUUGAUAGAAGCCAAACAGGUAACUUAUAUGUAAUAUGAUGUGGAAGUGAUGUAAAACAGUUUCAUUGGUUAACUUUCUUUUUUAAAAAUUUGUGGCAGCAGUAACUUUGUAGUGUUUUUAACGUUCAGUGUUGUUCCAUUGAAUACCUUAAGCACAGAUGUUAAUGCAGGAAAAAAAACUUAUUAAAAUGGUAAAAUUGUAUGUAUUUGUACUAUAGGUCAAGUACUAAAUUUUUAAAAACUAUUAUGCAAGAAAUUUUUCUAAGAGUGUUUUACUGAAUUAAAAUUUAAUUGUGUUAUCUUUUUAAAAUAUACGUUUCUUUAAUACUAUAUUAUUUUUAUUCAAAUGAGGAAUUUCAUUGCACUAAGAUUUUUUUUGGGAUUGUUUUGGUAUUUCAUAUAUUUAUGUGUUUAAUUUUGAUAUUUUUAUGAUGUCAAAAUAUAGUAUGACCUAAGUUUAUGGCUAAAACGUAAGUUGUAUUUCUUGCAACUAUUUGCAGUAGUGUGGGGAAUCAUUGAUGGUAUCCCAGGUUGGUUUUGAAAACUUUAAAUUUUAUAAUAGAAAUGUGUAACUGUUAUGUUUAUGAAUGUAAGGAGACAAUGUCUUUCUCCUAUUUCCCUUUCUUUUUUUUACAGGCUUCAUGCCAACUGAAAAUUUAGAAACUUAUCAAGACUGAUGUUCCAUGCUUAAUUUUUUUUAAAGUAAUGUUUGGCAUUUGAGUGUCAAUUUUUAUAGUUUAGAUUGUUAAGUAUAACUUGCAUAGCUUCAUACAAAGUGUUAUGUAAAAUGUAAACAUAAAUCUAACUGUAUUUUGUUUAUAGUUUCAUAAGUUUGUGUCAUUUCGGUCUUUGACCAAUAUAUAUGACCAACCAAUGAUUGUAAAUAGUUCAGGUUGCUAUUAUAAAGUGUAUUAUUCUUGUUUGUAAAUAAUAAUUAAAUUUUUACACAGUUUGAAAAA